UUAGCUCAACACUUGAUUUUCACUCUCAAGAACCAUCUAGAGAGAAACCCUAGCCAUGGAUCGUCCCUCCGAUAAAGAUAAAUCGUCCAAACGUUCACGUGACGACCGUGACCGUGACCAUGACCGUGACCGUGAACGUGAACACAAGCACCGUCACAGAGACCGAGACGAAAAACACCGUGAGCGAGAGCACCACCACCACCGAUCAUCGUCAGAUCACAAAUCCUUAAAGCGCGAGGACCGGGAGGGUUCACGCGACCGCGAUUUCAAGCGCGAGAAAUCGCACGACGAUCAUCGUGAGUCGAGGCGCGACAGAGAGAGAUCUCAUGAGAGGGAGGGAACGAAGCAUCGUGAACGUGAAGUGAAGCGCGAGGAAUUGGAUGCUAAUGACGUGGAAAUCGAUGGGAGAAAGAAGAGGAAAGAAAGAGAAGAGAGCGAGGAGAGAGGGGAGAAGAAGGCUAGGGUUUUGGAUGAUAAGAGAGGUAAGAGAAGGUUUGAGGAUAGUUUCGAAAAACAAGAGGACAGCGAGGGUGUUUCUGAUAAUGUGAAUGUUAACGAAGUUAAUGUGAAGAAAGAAGUGAGUGAUGAUGAUGUGACGGUUCGUGGUGGCUCCGCCAAUUCGAACGGUGCCACUCUUGAAUCCCUUAAUGUGGUACCAAGGACUGUGCCUGAGACCUCUAUGGCCACUGGUGAUCAUCCCCUUCCUACAAAGGUAUCUUCAAUUUAUACCACAAAUGAAAAUAAGGGAGUUAGUAUUACCAGAUCUCAUGAGGUUCCUGGAAAAUCUAGUACAGAUGGGACAUCAUCGGCUGCUGGGAAAAGUGGAAGUCUAUCUCUAGAUGCUUUAGCCAAAGCUAAGAAAGCUUUACAAAUGCAGAAGGAAUUGUCAGAAAAGCUGAAGAAGAUACCAUUGUUGAACAAGGGCACAAGUUCAGAUGGUAGCUUAGUCUCUGGAUUGAAAGACGGAGUGAAACUGCCAUCCUCUGGUACUGGAAUAAUGCAGGGAACAGGAUCAACAACUGGAAAUGCUUUAUCAUCUGGUGCAAUGCCAAGUUCAUCAAACUUACCAGCUGCCGCAGCAGCUUCUGUGAAGCCACCUGCAAGUGGGGUGCCUACUAUUCCUGGCCUUACUAAUAUACCCAACAUUGAAGCUGUUAAACGUGCUCAAGAGCUCGCUGCUAAGAUGGGCUUUCGUCAGGACCCUGAAUUUGCACCUCUUAUAAACCUAUUUCCUGGGCAGAUGCCAACAGAUGUUGCUGCUCCCCAGAAGCCGACCAAGGCUCCUGUUCUUCGUGUGGAUGCACUUGGUAGGGAAAUAGAUGAACAUGGAAAUGUAGUGAAUGUGACUAAACCAAACAACCUUAGCACGCUAAAGGUCAACAUCAAUAAACAGAAAAAGGAUGCAUUCCAAAUUCUUAAACCUGAGUUGGAGGUGGAUCCGGAAUCAAAUCCUCAUUAUGAUCAGAGAAUGGGUGUAAAUAAAACUAAGCUUUUAAGACCCAAACGGAUGACUUUCCAGUUUGUAGAGGAAGGAAAAUGGUCAAAAGAAGCUGAGAUUCUGAGAGUCAAGAGUCAAUUUGGAGAAGCUGGAGCAAAGGAGCGACAGGCAAAGCAAGCACAGUUGGCAAAAGUGAAGGGAGGGGCUGAUAUUAAUCCUAAUUUGAUAGAGGUAGCAGAAAGAGUUGUGACCAAGGAAAAACCCAAGGACCCAAUUCCUGAAAUAGAGUGGUGGGAUAAGCCUCUAUUGCUUAAUGGUUCUUAUGGUGACAUAUCUGAUGGUGGCAUAGUUGAAGAUAAACUGAAGAAGGAAAAAAUCACUAUCUAUGUUGAACAUCCUCGUCCUAUUGAGCCUCCUGCUGAGCCAGCUCCUCCCCCUCCUCAACCACUGAAGCUGACAAAGAAGGAACAAAAAAAACUCCGUACUCAGAGGCGGCUGGCUAGGGAGAAAGAUAGACAGGAGAUGAUAAGACAAGGCUUGAUUGAACCCCCUAAACCUAAAGUUAAAAUGAGCAAUUUGAUGAAAGUUCUUGGUUCUGAAGCAACCCAAGAUCCUACUAGACUAGAAAAAGAAAUCCGUAGUGCUGCUGCUGAGCGUGAACAAGCUCAUAUUGACAGGAACGUUGCACGCAAGCUUACACCUGCUGAGCGCCGAGAGAAGAAAGAGAGAAAACUAUUUGAUGACUCUAAUUCACUUGAUACUAUUGUUUCAGUUUACAAGAUCAAUGACCUGUCACACCCAAAAACCCGCUUCAAAGUUGAUGUUAAUGCCCAUGAAAACCGUUUAACUGGUUGUGUUGUAAUCACUGAGGGGAUUAGCGUUGUGGUUGUUGAAGGUGGAAGCAAAUCCAUCAAGAGAUAUGGGAUGCUUAUGCUUAGGCGUAUAGACUGGGCGAAAGCAGUGAAUGAAGAAGAUGAAGAUAAAGAUGAGAUUUCUGAUAAACCCGUCAAUAAGUGCAUGCUAGUGUGGCAGGGAAGUGUGGCCAAACCAAGCUUCAAUAGAUUUUCUGUUCAUGAGUGCAUGACUGAAGCAGCUGCCAAGAAAGUUUUUGCCGAUGCUGGGGUAGCGCAUUACUGGGAUUUGGCUGUCAACUUCACGGAUGACCAAAUGUAAUCAGAGAUUCUACUUUUCUUUAAUAUUACAUGGUCAUCAAAUGAGUUUGUUCAACUUGGGCUGCUUUGCUUCUGACAUUUUGAUAGGUUGAGAUUUUUUCCGGCAAAUUACUAGAUGCAGCACUUAAACCAUAGGAGAAGGUUGCAAAUGCUGAUCAUCAUCAGUCAAAAUGUUAUUGAAAUCUAUAAAAUUUAAGCCCCAUAUAUCUGAACCAUUUUUAUAGACAGAAUGUGCAUCAGUUAGAUGGAUUUAUUAGGAAUGAUAUUGUUGUCCAAU